GGCAGCACUAGCCCCUACUCGUCCAAGUGGGCUAUUGUCGAACUCAUCGAAACAGAACUCGGCAUAAAAUUGGUUAUCAAAUGUCAUUGUGGCCACUCGUAUUGGCUUGCAGAAGUAACGGACAAGUUCCGCGAGUAGGUCAGUCACUCGAUCAAACCAUCGUUUAUCAAUGCUUCCAGAUGCAUCAAGAACAAAAAGGAUGUACUGUUCUCGACAGUUGUCCCGAUGACUUCGUCUGUAUCGUGAUCCAUGUUCCUCAACAUUGAAAGGUAUUGGAUCCACUGGCAGAGGCUCUGGCUCAUUGGCAGAUUGUCGUCUGUUCAUUUUUGCACCUUUCAGCUCAUCACGGACUGAGCGACGACCUACAGUUAGUAGAAUACCUUGUCCAGAGAAAUCGUGGCAGAUUUGUUCUGCGUGUCGACGACUUCUAUCCCCUUCUAACCCUGCUGGUGAUCUUUU